UCCAGCUCCAGUCAGCGCUGCAGUGGAUUAGUCAGCUGCAUUUAUUUUAAGGUAGUGCUCAGAGAGAGUGAGCGCAGGAGCCUCGGCCAGUGUGCAAGUUGCAGAUCUGCCGAGAUGCAGCACAUCUACAUGCACAGCCAUGAGCACUUUGAGGUCUUCACCACCGUCCUUGCUCCACAAGGGAGGUGUCGAUACAGGGCAGAGGCUGAGAAGAUGGUGGUGGUGCACAGCUACAGGCCCCACUGGCCAGAAGAGCUGGAGCUGUGCCCAGGUGACGUAAUCCUGGUGCUGUCCAAGCAUGAGGAGGGGAGGUGGUUUGGGUGGAGGCAGGAUGGCCAGCAGGGCUACUUCCCCGCCUCCUGUGUGAUGGAGCUGAGCCAGAAUCUUCCUCCCAGAGGCCUGCAGAGGAGUUUGUCUCUGAGGAGCUCGGCAUGGGACAACGACUCAGGUGGAGGACGCAGCAGAUAUGGAAAUGGACACAUCCUGCAGUCGCUCAGGCGGGGGAGCAGAGGAGGUGGGAUGGCACUGGAUAGGGGCCAGGGCGAGAGCGAGGACCCCUUCCCGGUACUCAGGCCCCUGCAGAUCUCGUCGCCUCAGCCUGUGGCCUCCCAGCAGCCUCAGACACACAGAUCCCCGGGCCUGCUCCACAGGAUUCUGUCCAAGUGCCGGAAAAAGAGUGAAUGCCAGGGAGCCACCAAUGGGGCCUUCGAGGGCGACUAGGAGGCCCUUCUCUUUAUGCUGGGUGGUUCACUGUGGUGGGGCUGCUGCAGGGUCUCGGUGAGAGCGGAGACACCUCUGAGAUGUGGAGGACGGGUCCUGGACAUCCUGAUCUGAGCAAAGGCUUGUUGACUGCAAGAAACAAGACAAUACUCCUCUCUAUGACACACACACACACACACACACACACACACCAGUUAGUGACGUCACAAUAGUGUUUCGUCAAUUACAUCUGAUGGACAGUGCCGGCUGUGACGUCACUGAUGAGGGCGGGACUAGAAGUGCAGUGAGCUGAGCAGCUGCUGUUUUCUACCUUGUUAUUCAGCAUGACAAGUUCAAAGCCAGGUAUAUGCUACAUAAAAUAAUAUAUACAAUUAUACUAAACUAAGAUAUGAUUCAAUAUAUUUAAUCACAGUGACAGCAGUUAUCUAUUUAAUCUAAUAAUUCCACAAAUCUCUGUCUGGAUGUGGAACGCAUAUCUCUUUUAUCUCAUCAGCCUCAUACUUGGUUUGAGUAUUUGUAAAUGUCAGAGGAAGUUUGGUUUGGACAAUACAUUCAAUAUUAUUACAAUUUGAAUAAACGGGCGACCCGUGCUUAUGAGUGACAUUUCGUGUUCAUGACAAUGCUGACAAGUCAUUCUCUGCUUGAGUCAAGCUUCACCAAACUUUGAAUGAACUGGUGAGCAGCUCUUUGUGCAGCAGCGGAGGCUCCGGGUUCUGCAGACUGAUCUGGUCUUUACUUGCUCACUUCCUGCAGGUCACUUUUACAGUUUCAGAAAGAAAAGCUGCAACCUUCAUCACCACAGGCCAAAACCAACAGGCAGGUUUAGAACAGGCACUGCAGCAUUAAGUGUAGUGAAGGAAAGUAAGAUAACACUUGGUGGAAAUCGGUGAUGUCAUCAGGGUUACAAUCGUCUGUUUCACCAUUUGUGUUUCUUCCCUUCAUCUGUGAAUGUGAGUCUGUGUAUAUGGCUGUGUAAUAUUAUUAUUAUAGUUAUAAAACCA